AGUGUGCGAGGAGGCAAGGCGGCGUAGGUGUUGCGUGCAGGCGUCCAGCAGGAUGGUGGGAGAUUCACGGCUAGCCUGGCCAGACAUCCUGGUCAUGUGCGGAUACUUUCUAAGUGUUCUUGGUGUGGGCGUGUGGUCGUCUCGGAAGGGCCAAGGCAGCACAAUGUCGGGCUACUUCCUCGCCUCUCGCAACAUGAACUGGCUCCUCGUGGGCGGUUCUCUCUUCGCCAGUAACAUCGGAUCGGGCCAUUUCAUCGGCUUGGCUGGGGCGGGGGCGGCGUCUGGAGUGGCAGCUCAUGGAUACGAACAAGGGGCAAUCUAUGGGUUGCUGCUUCUCGGGUGGGUGUUCGUCCCAGUGUACAUGAGUGCCGGUGUUUAUACCAUGCCGGAAUACCUGACGAUGAGGUACGGAGGUCAUCGCAUCAGAGUCACUCUGACUUGUCUCUCUCUGGUUCUCUACAUCUUCACUAAAAUUGCCGUGGACUUGUACGCGGGGGCACUCUUCAUCCAGCAGGCCAUGAACCAAACUUCCCAGGGAGCUCUGUACGGGAGUGUGGCAGUGCUACUUGCUGUGGCUGCCGUGUUCACCAUUGCCGGCGGCCUCACCACCGUCGUGUACACUGACAUGCUGCAGACCAUUCUCAUGGUGGUGGGCUCCUUCGUCCUCGCUGGCAUGUCUUUCCAUGCAGUGGGUGGCUACAGGAACUUAGUGGAGAGUUUUCCCUACGCCAUGCCCACGGUGGUAAGCCUGGACGCCCACAACCAGACGUGCGGGCGGCCGUCCCCCUAUUACAUGAACCUUUUGCGGCCCAUUGAUUCUGAAAACCAUGACUACCCAUGGCUAGGCAUGACAGUUGGCAUGGCCGUUCUGCAGGUGUGGUACUGGUGCACUGACCAGGUGAUCGUGCAGCGGACCCUAGCCAGCAGGAGCAUGCUUCACGCCAAAGGAGGCACCAUCUUCGCAGCCUACCUCAAGUACCUGCCGCUAUGGAUCAUGACAUUCCCGGGCAUGGCGGCGAGGAUCCUCUACCCAGACCGCGUGGCCUGCUCCACCGCCGAGCAAUGCAUGGCCGUGUGUGGCAGCGAGCGAGGGUGCACCAACUCCGCCUACGUGGAGCUGGUUCUCAACCUGCUGCCUGCGGGGCUGAGAGGAUUGAUGUUGGCGGUGAUGAUGGCUGCCCUAAUGUCCUCCCUUACCUCAGUUUUUAAUUCGGCCUCGACUAUCGUCAGCGUCGACAUUUGGCGGUUAUUGAGGACGAAUGGCCCGUUGUGGUGCCGCGGGUCGCCCUCUGAACUAGAAAUGAUCGUGGUGGGCAGGAUUUCCGUGGUGCUGCUGGUGGUCGCCUCUGUCAUCUGGAUCCCCGUCAUUCAGAAUUCCACCAACACUGAGCUCUUCAAUUAUAUCAAUACCAUCAUUGCCGCCCUCUGCUCUCCAAUCUGCGCCCUCUUCGUGCUAGCCCUCUUCUGUCCGAGAGUCAAUGAGCAGGGUGCCUUCUGGGGUUUCGUGACGGGACUUGUGGUAGGCACCGUGCGUUUCGUGGCAGAAUUCUCUUAUGCAGUUCCUCCUUGUGGCUCAGAUGAACCAGAUCUGCGUCCAGCCUUCAUCAAGAAUAUGGUGGGGACAGUUCACUACAUGCACUUUGCCUUGCUGUGCUGGUGGGUGACGGUGCUGAUGGCGUACAGCGUGUCCCUUGUCACCAAACCUAUACCUGCCGAAAGGUUGUACCGACUAACUUUCUGGUCUAGACGAGAUCCAAGAAUACGUCUGGCCAAGGAGCCUUCCAGCACUCAGCAGCGUCAAGACAAACAGUACUCCCGUGGCGACGUGGAGAAUUCCCCGUCCCAGGCCCAAGACAGAAAUCAACACACCACAGACAUGUGGUGGUGGCGGGCGGUGCUGCGGGUGUGUGGGUCGUCUGAUGCGGCGGAGGCUGAGGGGCAGCCCAGACUCACCGCGGCAGACCUAACUGAAGAAGAGAAGGCCCAAAGAGCAGCGGAGUUCCUCAAGGAGCCCCCUUAUUGGAGGAGGAUCGUCAACAUCAACGCAGUGAUCUGCCUCACAUUAAGUUCAUUCGUCUACGGCUUCUAUGCUUGAACAACAGAGCCUCUCCGUCUGCUGGCCACACUUUCAAAUACAUACAAAAGA